UCUUUAGUGAACUGUAAUUCCAUUGAUCUUACUUAAACAAAUCGAUAGUAUUUAAAAACACAAAUACUGUUAACGACGAUUAUUCUAUAAUAAUACUCCAUGCAUAUAAACGUAUGUAUACAUAUAUAAUUGUAGUGUCAGAAGAGAAAAUUAUUGAAAAGAAUAUUCUCUACUCCAAUUUUCUCUUGUCUUUCAAACAUCUAAAUGGUCAUUUUCUCUAUUGUUAAGAAGAGAUUAAAUCUACACUGACGUGAACACACAAACAGCUAAUCCAUCUAUAUUGAGUCAAAUCCUAUUUGAUAUAAGUUGAUAUAUUCCACUUAAUGACCUUAUUACACACCACUUACUUAUCAUGCAAACCUUUACUGUAAAUUACUACUCUGAUGACCUCAAUUCUAAUUGGUUAUCUACAGAUAACCUGAUGACAUAACAUGGCAAUGGUCUAUGAAUUAAUUGAAAGAAAUAAACAUUUCACUUCUAUUGGAAUGUGUUUUGGGCAUAAAUGUACAAAAGUCUUCUUAUCAAUAGCAAUUAUCUUUAUAUUGACUUUCAUUAUUAUUACCAUUUCAAAUUUAUCGAAUUUACAUACACCUUGUAAAUAUAUUCCCCUCACUAAGUUUAAUUACACACUGGAAGUAUUACAAAAAGUGAAUUUGAUGAAUACCAAAGAUAAACAAACUUGCCAGACAAUUUGUAAACAGUUAAAAAUACCUCAGAAUCGAAGAAAAGCGUCACAGAAAACUAACAUUAUUUCACAUCAUUUAAUUGGUGGAUCUUGGAUGUUUAAAGAUAACAGAAAGUCAGUGAAUUCAGGCGAUUUGUGUAAUUCUUAUCCAAAAUCUGGUGUAGCUAUUCUUUUCGUUUGUAAUAAUCGAUGGAAACAACUCAACAAGGUAUUGCCUAAUUUGAUAUCAAUUUUACAAAAACAACAUUUAUGCUAUCGUAUAUUUGUGAUUGAACAAGAAGAAACACAGCUGAUAAAUAAAGCUAUGCUAAUGAAUAUAGGCUUUAUAGAAGCGAUGAAAUUAUUUCAUUUCAACUGUAUUAUAUUUCAUGAUACUGAUUUAAAUCCUUUAAAUGAUCGUAUCCCAUAUGGAUGUGAUGAGCAGACAGCUUUAACACCAGUUCAUUUAGGUGUUGCACUGGAUACAAGAAAUUUCACACUUCUCUAUGAUACUUUAAUCGGUGGUGUAUUGAAAAUAUCCAUUGAACACUUUUUAACUGUCAACGGUUAUUCAAAUAGCUACUGGGGAUGGGGUCAAGAAGAUGAUGAUAUGGAGAUAAGAUUAAAAACGGCUGGUAUUCAAUGUAUUCAUGCAGAUGAAUCAAUAGCACGUUAUCAGGUUAUACCGCAUAGUCGACAAUCCCAAUCUAUGGUGUCGGAACAUGUGAAAUUAUUGAAAACUGCUGUAUGUCGUAUGCCAUAUGAUGGAUUGACAAGUUUAAACUAUCAUAUACGAUCAAUUAAGUAUAAGGCCUACUUUACACAUAUUUUAGUCUCAAUUGGAUCAUAUACUGGAUAAGAGAGGAAUGCAGUGUGAUCAGUUUUCGAGAGGAUUCAUGAAUUCAUUCAUCUUUUCCGGCUAAAAGUAUGCCAUUGUCGAUUUUAGCAAGAGAUGCUUUCUUGUUGUUUUUCUAAUAAAACAUUUUGUAAUUAUGCUUCUCCUUCUCUUCUUCAUGUGAGAAUACUUUGCUGAAUGCUGGUUUUUUAAAAUCCCGCCCUUCAGGGUUCUAGCGGC